AUGGUCUCCUCGUAUCCGCUGCCCGAAGGCUUCUCCGAAUUUGACGUGUUCUCCCUGGGAUCAUGCCUGCUCGUGGAGGGGCUGCUGGGAUUCCUGCUCAACGCACUGACCAUCGUGUCUUUCUUCAAAAUGCGGGAGCUGCGAACGCCCAGUAACUUCCUGGUCUUCAGCUUGGCCAUGGCGGACAUCGGCAUCUCCAUGAACGCCACGGUGGCCGCCUUCUCCAGUUUCCUGAGAUAUUGGCCCUACGGCUCAGACGGUUGCCAGACGCACGGUUUCCAGGGCUUCAUGACCGCUUUGGCCAGUCUGCACUUCAUCGCUGCCAUCGCCUGGGACCGCUACCACCAGUACUGCACAAGGACGAAACUGCAGUGGAGCAGUGCUGUGACCCUGGCUGUGUUCAUCUGGCUCUUCAGCGCCUUCUGGUCCGCCAUGCCCCUGAUCGGCUGGGGCGAGUACGACUACGAGCCCCUGCGCACCUGCUGCACCCUGGACUACACCAAGGGAGACAGAAACUACGUGUCCUACCUGAUCCCCAUGACCCUUUUCAACAUGGUGGUGCAGAUCUUUGUGGUCAUGUCCUCGUACCAGUCCAUCGCACAGAAGUUCAAGAAGACCGGAAACCCCAGGUUCAACCCUAACACUCCCCUCAAGACUCUGCUGCUGUGCUGGGGACCAUACGGCAUCCUGUGCUUCUACGCCGCCAUCGAAAACGCCACUCUGGUGUCCCCCAAACUCAGAAUGAUGGCUCCUAUCUUGGCCAAGACCUCUCCGACCAUCAACGCUUUCUUGUACGCUUUGGGCAACGAAAACUACCGAGGCGGCAUCUGGCAUUUCCUGACCGGGGAGAAGAUCGAAGUGCCUCAGAUUGAGAACAAAUCCAAAUAA